AUGGCCACAGACGCUCCAAGUACCCGGGAGGCCCUUCUCCAGUCGACUACAGACCAACUUGGACCCGAAGCUCUGGAAACUGUCGAGGAGUCCAGCAUUUUGGAACCAGUGUCAACUGACACAGAGCCUCUCCCAUUCUCUCCUGUAUGUAUCACGCAAGAGUCAGUUCCCCAGAACCUGAAGUCCGACCCAGCCGCUAUCAUGGUUGGAUUGGAAUCUGAAGUUCCACGUUGGGAGCCUGGUUCCGUGGUUAAAUGGACUGCUUGGCAAAGGGGAUAUGACUCUCCAGCAGAUGCGACGCAUGCUGCAGCACAUCUUAAGCAGGCCGCUGAAACGUGGAACAAGGCUGAUGUUGGGGUUAAUUUUGAAUUUGUGCCCCUAGCAAAAGAUGCAAACUUUGUCCUCUCCCAUGGUGGUGAUAAGGGAGGUGUACUUGCUAGUGCCUACUUCCCAAAUCCCAAAGGUCUCAACUUCCUCUAUGUCUAUAGUCUUGCAUUUCGACCAGAUUUGAGAAAAGGCCUUUGGAAGGUGUUUACACAUGAAUUGGGACAUGUUUUGGGACUCAGACAUGAGUUUGCCAUGGACCCUGGGCGUUUCGAAGGAAAUGCGGUGCAAAUUGGCAAGAAAAACCCACUUUCGGUGAUGAACUAUCGCAAAGAGCUACCAGAACUUCAGCAAUCGGACAUUGAUGCUACGCAGCAAUUUUAUCGCCUGCCGGUAGGCACUCUACUGUCUACGACUCCUAUUGUGGAUUACCUACCUCAGUGA